AGAAGCUACAGAAUGUUUUGAUAAAAAACAUAGAAAAACUCUCUUCUAUUCAGCAAGGAUAUUUCAGUCAUUUAAAAAAUCUUCCAACCGGUUUAGGGUUCGUUAGAUGAUAGCAUCGAUUCGUGGUCAUUAAUUCUCUACUAUUUCAAUACCGUCGCUCUGUUUUCGGAAUCCGAUUUCAAUUCUCAUUUCUGUGAUGCUGUUAAGCGGCGAUUUUCAAUAAGAAUUGAGAAUCUGUGUUCCUUUUCGGGUUUCUUUUGGAGAAUUAUAUUUUUGCUAGACUUCAAUGAUUUCUGUUGGUAAUUUUGGUGUGUCUGAGGAGUUUAUUUGUUGGUACGCUUGAUGGGUGCACCGAAACAGAAAUGGACAGCAGAAGAAGAAGCAGCGCUAAAAGCUGGAGUUAUUAAGCAUGGAGCUGGAAAAUGGCGCACGAUUCUUAAAGAUCCAGAAUUUAGUGGCGUCUUGUAUCUGCGUUCGAAUGUGGAUCUUAAGGACAAAUGGAGAAACAUAAGUGUAAUGGUAAAUGGCUAUGGAUCAAGAGAGAAGCCUAAGUUAGCACCUAAGAUGGUGCACCAUGUCCUAAGACAGGAUGAGAACCCUAUGGCUGUUGGUCAAACCGAUGAAGAUAUUUCAGAUGCCAAGCCUUUUGCAGUUAGCAGUGGUGCAUUGCUGGUUGCUAAUCCAAAGAGAACUACUGUAAGGCUGGAUAAUCUUAUAAUGGAGGCAAUAACUAGCUUGAAGGAGCCUGGGGGCUCACAUAAGACAGCAAUUGCUUCAUACAUUGAGGAACAAUAUUGGCCACCAAAUGACUUUAAGAGGAUAUUAUCAGCGAAAUUGAAGUAUUUGGCAGCUAAUGGUAAACUGAUUAAGGUUAAACGGAAGUAUAGAAUUGCACCUACUUCAGUGUUUGCAGAGAGAAGAAGGGUUCCUCCCUUACUAUUGGAAGGAAGACAGAGGAUCUCUCCUAAAAUUGAAAGGGAUGGUUUCAAUAUGUUUACAAUGUCUCAGAUUGAUUUGGAUCUGGGCAGGAUGAGGACUAUGACUGCAGAACAGGCUGCUGAGGUAGCAGCUCGAGCAGUUGCGGAGGCAGAAGCUGCCAUAGCAGUAGCUGAAGAGGCAACAAGGGAGGCCGAGACAGCAGAAGCUGACGCAGAGGCAGCACAAGCAUUUGCUGAAACAGCUAGGAAGACACUGAAAGGGAGGACCACCCCCAAGAUGACGAUUCGAUCUUGAUGGAAAUCUUUGAAAAGGUCAACGGAGAGCUUGAUGGACACUGAGAUCCACACUAGUCUGCUGACACUGUUUUCUGUAAAUAUUUAAAGGCCGAUUUGGAGGAUCUAUGCUGCUUUGACCUGUACUGGAUCCUGGUAGUUUGUUAGAUUGCAAAGGCAGCUCACUCUGGGGAAAAUUUUGAAUCAGAAUUUGUCAAUUUCAUUUCCUCAGUUUCUACUUUUUUGUCAAUAUCUACUACCAGUAGGAUUGUUGAAAAAUACAUAACAGGAGCAUUUACAGUGUAUGAAAAUGAGGCAGUGGGAUUUGGACCAGGAGAGAUUGUUUUUUUACUUUAGUCCUCUCCAUGCUUGUAUUAAAUUGAUCAAUGAUGUGAGUAAAUAAUGUAGAUGUUUUUGGCCA